AUGAUUGAACAACUGCUUUGGUUUGUUUUAGUGGUUAUUCUCGUUACACUGACUGUGAAUUAUUUCAUUGCCACCAAACAUCUUCCUCCAGGUCCAUUUCCACUACCGAUUAUUGGAAAUGCGCACAAACUGGCUGCCAACUCACGCCAUGUUGACCUCAUGCAUUUGGAAAAACAAUACGGCAAAGUAUUCCGCCUGUAUCUUGGAAGCCAACUCGUUGUAGUUGUUAGCGGAGGAGAUGCUGUUCAAGAAGUUCUCGUUACAAGAUCGUCCAACUUCGCUGGACGUCCGAGCAUUCACUCCUCGGAAGUUUAUUCUAAAGGAAGGGCAAUCGGGUUCGCUGAUUAUUCUUCCGAAUGGCGACUGCACCGCAAACUAGCCCUCUCGGCAUUGAAAUUGUACGGCGCAGGCGGGAUAAAGCAGGAGGCCAUCGUCACUAAUGAGUUUGACUUGCUUAUGGAACGUGUCCGCUCCAGAAAUGGGCAGCCCCAUGAUAUCACCAGAGAGAUACGACUGGCUGUGACAAAUGUGAUAUGUGCCUUGGUGUUUGGCUCAAGAUACGAACCCGAUGACCCCGAGUUUUUAAAGUUUUCAGAGAUCACCAACUCGAUAGUGAGUAUGCUUGCGGCUGGAAGCAUAGUGGAUGUUUUCCCUUGGCUUAGAUUUUAUCCAUUCAAAUCCAUUCAGCUUUUGAAAGAGAAAUGCAAAGAGCGAGACGAACUGGUUGGAAGAAUUUAUCGAGAGCAUGUGGAGGCGAAUAGAGUUGCAGCUCCUCAAGACCUGACAGAUGCGCUACUGAAGGCAAGGAAAGAGGCUGAGGAAGAAGACUCGUCUGUGAGUGGAUCCUUUACCGACGACAAACUCGUCUCGACCAUGGGGGAAGUCUUCAUUGCUGGAAUGGAGACCACUGCAACUAGCUUGUGCUGGGCGCUGCUGUACCUAAUUUACAACCCUAAGAUCCAGGAGAUGUUACAUCAAGAGCUGGAUGAGGUCAUUGGCCCGGAUCGUUUACCGGAGCUCCGGGACAAAAAGAAUCUACCGUAUCUGGAGGCCACCAUCGCUGAGACCCUACGUCUCUCGUCUAUUGGGCCGUUGGCAAUUCCUCAUAAAGCAACAGUGGAUACGACUCUACAAGGAUAUCAUAUUCCGAAGGGUACAACAGUAUUAGUGAAUUUGUGGUCCCUUCAUCACGACCCAGCCAUCUGGGAUGACCCCGACAAGUUCAUACCCGAGCGGUUCCUCGACAAGGAUGGUAAGUUCGUUCCUCCAAAACAGGAUCGCUUCCUCCCAUUUUCAGCAGGGCGUCGGGCAUGUCUAGGAGAAUCUUUGGCACGAAUUGAGCUGUUCUUGAUCUUGGCUCGAUUACUUCACAGAUUCAGAUUUGAGAAUCCGCCCGGCUCUGAUCUUCCCACCCUGGUGCCUAUUGCAGGGCUUGUGUUGAUGCCUCAGCCAUUCGAAGUGUGUGCGUCUUGCAGGCAUGAAAGCUGA